AAUUUGAAUUUUUCGUAAGACAAAAAACAAAUUCGUUUGUUUGUAAUUUGUUCAUAAUUCAAUGAUUCGAAAAAAAUAGUAAAAUACAAAUUUAUUACAUUAUAAUUUACAAAUAGACAAAAAACAGGAUCCCAAGAUGAUACCCGGCGAAAUAUUCACUGAUGAUUUGCUGAGUACUAUCAUUAGAUACUCUCUACUUGUCGGAGCUAUAUUUCAAACUAUUUGCCUAAUCGCCUGCCUAUCGCUAUCUGAGAUCCCGUGGGAACCAUCCGCUUAUGAAAAGAUCUACACAGAUAGUGAAGAAUGUAGCUCUGAGCAGUCCUCUCCAGGACACAAAGCUUCUACAGCCAGAUCCAAACGCCAUGACAAGAAGAAACGGCGCUAGAAUAUUUACUCAUUAAAGUUUAUCGGUCUUCAAUUUUGCUUGUCCUUAAGUAAUGUUUGGCUGAAAUACACAUAUGUAAUGUAUUGUUAUAAUUAAUUCAGAUGUCAUACAUAUAUAGAAAUAUGACAUUAUAAGUAUGACAUUUUGAAUAAUUAUUAUUAUCUCUGUGUUUUAGAAGAACUCUUUUUACUGCUUCUGAUAAUGAUCUCUGGAGUAAUUGUUGCAAUUUGCAAGUAAAAUUUUAUUCGAUUAAGUGUAAUGUAUUCAAUAUAUUCUAUAACUCUCUCUUAACUCACCCUUCAGGAGCGAGAUUACUUAAUUAUAAAUUGUUAGUGUUGCACAUGUUAGGUAGAAGUUGUUUUAUGUAGGACCUUUUUUUUUUUUUGGAAUAGGAGGACAAACGAGCGUACAUGUCACCUGGUGUUACCACCGCCCACACUCUCUUGCAACACCAGAGGAAUCACAGGAGCGUUGCCAGCCUUUAAGGAAGGUGUACGCGCUUUUCUUGAAGGUACCCAUGUUGUAUCGUCCCGGAAACACCGCACAAGGAAACUCAUUCCACAGCUUCGUAGUGCGAGGAAGAAAGCUCCUUGAAAACCGCACUGUGGAGGACCGCCACACAUCCAGAUCGUGGGGAUGAUAUCGUAACUUGUGUCGUGUCGUGCGAAGGUGAAAUUUGUUCAGACAGUAGACUUUCAUUCAGUUUGUUGGUGUGCUUGGUGUGAUGAGUUAAACAUUGUCAGCCUACAAACUACAUGUUUGUAGGCUGACAAUGUUUAACUACAUUGAUUGCUGUAAGUGUGGUAUUAAUGUUUAAGUUAUAAUUUUUUAUCUGUGAUUUUAAAUAGGUAUUAAUAUGAUUCCAACAUUUUGUUACACUCUAAAAUGCUCAUUUACAUUAUUUUAAUUAAAUAUAUUUAGAAUUGUAUGUAGAGUAUAAUGACGAUUAAAUGUCUCAUAUGGAAUAA